UAUUUCGGAUCGAUACCGCUUAGCGACAGUGCCGAGAUUUGCUCUUCAUCGGAUGUUGAAGAUACCGUGUAUAGGAGGUAGCAGAGUCCAGACAAACCAGCUUUCCACGGUGAAAGCCGGUGAACUCCUAAUCGUAAUAGUCCCGAGGCAUGGUCCCGGCGGGCCUAGCUACUUCCAGAGCGAAAAGCAUGUCGAAUUUGGCUUCGCCCUUCGCUUCCCUAUCUGAUUCUGAGGAAAAGCUACCACUGGGCUGGGCUUGCGCCGACAACCUCACACUGAAAUUACCGGACGUGACCGUGGGAAAUAAUGUUUAUCGUCCCAGCCUGAGCAGACCUACCUUACCCAGCAGAUCAAGGCAUGCGCUCAACCGAUGUCCGACCCUCGCUUGCAGACAGACUUCUUGCUGCUUCCGCUGCAAUGAAUGCAGGCCCGUGAUGCUUAUUGAGACGUCUACACGUCCGAACAACUCCCCGCUGUUCACCUUCUACUCGAACCCCGAUUCCCACAGCCGCACAUCGCCAUCGAACACCUGCCGCGCCCUGGCCAAAGCACCAAAAAUUCUCGUCAAAGUUGUUCGGACACUUGCUGCUGUAGCAGCCCUAUCACGGCUACUGCUCGGGGUGCAACAUUGCCCAUGGGGGCUCUGUCCAUCGAAGCAUCUUCAACCGAGACCAAUCAUUCUCAACUCUCGUUGGCUCAACUCUCGUUGGUGGUUGGGAGUUGAGAGGGGACGAAUAUUGGCAUAUAUCGGGGCAUGAUGAGAUGGAGUGCACAACUCUGGUUGCAGAAACUUGCGACUGUUCUCUAGUUUGCUUCCUUCUACGACUCUUUUGCAGUCUUUAGUACGUUAUGGCAGAGCUGCAUGGCUUUCUCAGCUACACUCCUGUAC